AACAGAAACCAAGUUCCCCGGCAACGAGCAGCAUCCACCCGGCCGGAGGCAGGAGCCAGCGAGGCCCGAAAAGCUGCGGAGUGAGCCGGCCGUUCCUAUUCCAGCGCGCGCUCAUACUCCUCCUCCACUUACUCGGCCGCCCAUCUUCAAGUCUUUACUCGCUUUUACGCCUUCGCACAGCCUAGGGAGGGGGUUAGGAGCUGCCGCGCCCCCCUCCCUGCGGCUGCCUCCCCCUACUUUUUCGGCUUUGCUCCCUGCCGCGUGCGCCCGGGUAGUGCUCCCCGGCAGGCCCCAGCCAUGUCGAUGCUGCCAUCGUUCGGCUUCACACAGGAGCAAGUGGCGUGCGUGUGCGAGGUUCUGCAGCAAGGUGGGAACCUGGAGCGCCUGGGCAGGUUCCUGUGGUCGCUGCCCGCCUGCGACCACCUGCACAAGAAUGAAAGCGUGCUCAAGGCCAAGGCCGUGGUCGCCUUCCACCGCGGCAACUUCCGCGAGCUCUACAAGAUCUUGGAGAGCCACCAGUUCUCGCCUCACAAUCACCCCAAGCUGCAACAACUGUGGCUGAAGGCUCACUACGUGGAAGCCGAGAAGUUACGCGGCCGGCCCCUGGGCGCGGUGGGCAAAUAUCGGGUGCGCCGAAAAUUCCCUUUGCCACGAACCAUCUGGGACGGCGAGGAGACCAGCUACUGCUUCAAGGAGAAGUCGCGGGGCGUGCUGCGGGAGUGGUACGCGCAUAACCCUUACCCCUCGCCGCGUGAGAAGCGGGAGCUGGCCGAGGCCACCGGUCUCACCACCACCCAGGUCAGCAACUGGUUUAAGAACCGGAGGCAAAGAGACCGGGCCGCCGAGGCCAAGGAAAGGGAGAACACCGAAAACAAUAACUCCUCCUCCAACAAGCAGAAUCAACUCUCUCCUCUGGAAGGGGGCAAGCCACUCAUGUCCAGCUCAGAAGAAGAGUUCUCACCUCCCCAGAGUCCAGACCAGAGCUCAGUCCUUCUGCUGCAGGGCAACAUGGGCCACGCCAGGAGCUCCAACUAUUCUCUCCCGGGUUUAACAGCCUCGCAGUCAGCGCACAGCCUGCAAGCCCAUCAGCAUCAGCUCCAGGACUCCCUGCUGGGCCCCCUCACCUCCAGUUUGGUGGACUUGGGGUCCUAAGAAGGGAGGGACUGGGGCCUCAAAGCAGCAACUAGGGACACUUGUAAAUAGACAUCAGGAACAUUUUUUGCAGCUUGUUUCUGGGGUUCUUUGCGCAUAAAGGAAUGGUGGACUCUCACAAAUAUCUUUUUAAAAAUCAAAACCAACAGCGAUCUCAAACGUAGUGCUCUCGUCUCUCCGACUAUUUCCACUUCUACAUUUCCCCUCCCAGUGUGGAGAUCAGGGGAAAAAAAAACCCAAACAAACAAAAACAUCCAGUUACCCAGCCUUGGUUCUGGGCAACCCAUGUUCCUGCUUCAGUAGGCUUCCUUUUUCUUUUCUUUUUUUUUUUCUUCAGUGAAUGGAAUUACAAAUCAACUGGAUUUUAAUUAUUUCAUCUUAAUUUAUUUAUGGAAAAUGUUUGGAGAAGCGGAAAAGGAAAUGAAAAUGAGAGAGAGAGGGAAGUUAAAACAGUGAAAAGAUCCUCCAGCCUGAGAGGAACUGGUUGCAUUCUUAAGGUGAAUAGGAAAAAUAUGAUCUUAUACCUUUUUUGAUGGUGAAAAUUAAGUUUACAUUUUUCAUAUUUAGUGUUAAAUAAUUUUAUGUAGAUUAAAAGGAAAGAACAGUAUUAGGGGGAAGAAAACAAGUGCCUAAAUGUCUUAAUGCUGUCUAUGUGAGGCAGUUAGAAAUAGAAGUGACCAUUAUUAAUACAACUAUUUUUGUCAAAUUUAGUGGGGGUUUUUGGUUGUUGUUUGUUUUCUUGGGUUUUUUUAUGGCAAACUUUAAGAAAUGUACCAAUGUGGAAAAACACUUUCCUGAAUGCCAUUACUUCUCAUGCCCUUGAAGCUCUCAUAUCUGUAGCCUACUCCUGUUAAGGGUUUCUCCUUUUUCUAGUUUCUAGCUUGCAAAAGUACGUAACAAAUCUGGCUACCUGGUAUUUGUUACUAAAACAGCAUGUGUUUGCAGGUUUCUUUUCUAUUGUACCUAAACCAGUCUAAAUUAAAACUUAGUAGAACA